UAGGUACCUAACCUUAGGUACUCAUCGCCUCAAUUCGAUGGCUCAGCACUAGGCGUUUAAGUCAUCAUCUCUCUUUCUUUACCUCAUAAAUUUUAUAAUCUACUUUAAGCAACUGUUUCAUCCCAUCUCUUUAAUUUUGGAAGAUUUUCAACAUGGCGCAGGCCCCAAAAUGGCAUCCGUUGCCGACAUUUCCAAAUCUCCCUGCUCUCAUGAUCUCUCUGCAGUCUGCUUCUUCAUCGUACACACUUCACGUUACCGAUCUCGCCAACGUGUGGGCAGAAAGCCUUGACAGAAAAGGUAUAAUAUUGCGAAGCCUGCAAGAGAACACAAGCAUAGAUUUGAGUGACGGCGAUCCUAAUCAGUGGACCGUCUUUUUCUCUAAGCUUGACGCAGCCUUCGAUCCUACGUCACCAGACCACCAUACGACCAGCCUUAGUAUAUCCGCCUCGACGGCAGGUACCACGUCUGGAGGUGGUCUGGCUCUUCACGUUACAUGCGUGCUACCCGAGCCGCUCAAGCCGCUCAAGUGGCCUGUCUAUUUGACAAAAUGCCCACCUAUUGGCCUAGCCUCAGAGCUUGUCUUACCUCUCAUCCAAGCCCACCAUGUACGUACGUUGGAGGUCCAGGAUCUCAUAACGAGGCUCAAGGAAAAAGACGCUGUCAUCACAAAGCUUGUCGAUAAGCUAGAAGCCAACAAGGUCGGCUUAGAGUAUGUCUUUAAUUCUCUGUCCACCAAGCGUAAGCCGUCCCGGGCGGUUGCCGAGGAGAAGGUCAAAGGCCUAGCAGCUUUCAAUGAAUCUGAAUGGAAGUCGAGUGUCACUGCGAACCAGGAGCUUCCCCGGGACCUGUCGUCCCUGAUUCGCGAGGUUUUUGCGGAAACAGGGUUGCGUAGUAGUGUAAAUGCAGAGAUCUCCCCCUCCAGUCAGCUUAAUGACUGGUGGACGAAGCUGGGCUCGAGCCCAACUACCGCUAUCAAACUCCGGAAGGAAACCGUUAGGCAGUCACGAGAGACCCCUCCUCUAGAUACUAAGACAAGUAGGGAAGGGGAUGAUGACGACUUUCAAGUGCAGGCCACUCCGCCCCAUCUACAGUCAAUUAGGCGAAAAUAUGAUUACUCUAGAGCCGCUGGUGAUACUACAGAUGAUGACGAUAGCCCUGUAGAGAUUCCCGAUAGCCAUCCCACUGUGGCGCAAGACAAGCCUCGUUCCCGAAUCGGUGCCGUUGGCGGCAAGAAGCCCGGCAAAGAUAACCCAGCUAGCCAGUCUUCUCGCACUGUCCCUAUUGAUGAUGACGAGACCCCAUCGGAGUCUGACACAGAACCGGUGCCACCAGAACCCCAAAGGCGGCAAAAUACCCGGCUAGGGACCAUUGGCAAAUCCAGAGAGCCAUCGUCUCCUCUAGCAAAGUCUUCAUCUCCUGUACCACCACCACCACCACCCAAGGACGGAGAUGAAACGGCAUCUGGCUCGGAUUACGAGGAUGACGCCGGACCAUCCAAAGCCCGGUCUCCUUCAACUGUCCCGACUGAGAGGAAGAGGGUUGGACUGGGGCAAAUAGGCGGUAAGCCUAAGACUCGAGUGACACCAGAGCCGUCUGAGGAACCGAAUGUAACAUCCCCCGGGACAAGGAGCCCUCAAGCCACUACAAGCCCGGCAAGGCCCGCGAGUCGAAAGAUUGGGACCAUCGGGACGAGAUUUGACGCGGAUAGCAAGAGACACCGCCCGUCGUCGCCUGUCACAGCACCAGAGCCCGAGACGGAAGAGCAGAGGACAGAGCGCAGGCGGGCGGAAUUAGCGAAAGAGCUUGAACGUAAGGCGACUGCACCGACGAAGAAGAAGAGGAGGUUUUGAUUUACAUUCCGAUGGCUACAUCAGCAACAUUCGAAAUCGAUACCCAUAUUGUCAUCGCGUUGAGAUUGAAUACCACAUGUUCACUGAACAUACUACCCAGAACCACUCUAUUACAUAUUUGUUCAAAGGAUGUCUAUGUUAUUUCAAACACAUAUGAUGUUGUAAACUUGCUGGCGCCUAUGAAUAUACCCCCCAGAUAUAACUUGCAGCUUAAUUCAUCCACUCAAACCUUCAGGGGGAUCACGCCCAUACCCUAGAUCGCAUUAUUAAGACGUCUCAUCGCAAGUGGGUUGAAUGAAGAAUAAAGAAAGCGGAAAGUCGACACAGUUUGGCAUUAUGCAGCAAAUUUACAAAGUUGUACCAGGAACCAAAAAUCUACCGUUCUUCAACCCGAGAGCAGUAUAUUAAAUCCACGCUCUCUAUGCUCUUACUAUCUUUUAACUGCAAGUAACGUAACU